AUGGACCCUCAAGCCGACCAAGCACAGAGCCACAAGGGUUCAGAGCCCCAGGCAAACUCCAACGCCAGCUCACCAAGCCGGGAUAAAUCACCACCCCGCUCGCGCACCCCCAUCUCCAGGGAAGCCCUUCGCCUCAGGGACGAAAGCUUUGAGGAGUCAUCCGUGGGUCUUGGUCAAAUGUCGCCCUCCAUCCAACGUUUCGCCAGCUCCAUGUCCGAUGAAAACUUGUCCGACGGUAUCCCGGAACGCGAACACGAACACGAACACGAACGCGAGCUCGAGCAUGGCCAGCACAGCCAGCACGACCCCGAUGAGCCCAACCCUGUCGAUCUUGGCUCCAACGUACUCUCAAGUGCCACCGAGCGGCGACAUGUCCUCCAGCAUGCCCGCACCAGCCCCCCGGCCACCCCACUCGAGCUUGGCACCCGCGCCCUCUUGGACAAGAACUCUGCUUGUAUUCUUCGAUUUGUGGGCACCGUGGACAGCUUCCAAGGUACCAUGUACGGCGUCGAGCUCCUUGAUGCCAAAGGCAAUACUGAUGGCCAAUUCGAAAGCGAUGGUUCACAGGGCCUUCGUGAGCCACAAGGGCGUACUCGAGCCAAGUCUGACGUGGCCAUUCCCAGAGCCUCACUGAUGACCGUUGAAGAAACAGAGGAUCGCCGUGCCUCACUGGGGGACCUUAGCUGCUCGACCUCACAAGACUAUUACGGCAAUGUCAAGGCGGUGCCCAGCAUUGUGCUUACUGGCGCCGGCGGCGAGGAUUCGGUUUUGGUGGACGGCAAAGCUUGUGGAAGCACCAUCGGCGACGAGGAUACUGCCCGCUCCGCUGGUGGCUCUCCGCCCCGGUCUUCUCCCAAACAUUCCGAGACCAAGACACCAAUACACCACCACUCCUCGCCGCGACACACCCAUUCGUCACCAGGCAACAGUGUGCCCACAUCGCCUGAUAAGUCGCCUCAAAGGAACAACGCUCAGAUUCCUAGCCGUGCCACGCCCCCAAGUCAUGCAGCCCGUUUGCGAGAUCAAGAAGUCAAAGGUCCCCUGCAAGCCAUUCUACGGCAACUGUCAGAAGCGAGUCGCUUGCCUUACUCCCCAUCCAGCUCCGACGGCGCUGAGACACUCGAUGGGUUGCAGUUUCUGGUCGAUGACUUGGUUCAGCAGCGAGACGACGCGCUCAGUCGAGCCGAAGUCUUGACCAAUCAGGCAGUUGACAAGGCCGUGCAAAUUGCCAAUCUUACACGCAGCCACCAAGAGCUCACCAACAACUUGGAUAGCCAUCUCAAGCAUCUGAAGCAAGUCGAAGCCUCGGUUGUUGAGAAGGACGAAGACCUUCGCCUCUGCAAGGAGCACAUUACUGUUUUGGAGGACAAGCUUGGCGCUCUUGACUCUGAAGGCAAGACGUUCUCAGCCCCCCCGCCGGCUCGCUAUCAACGUGAACUGGACGCACAGGCUUCGCACAUCUCCAAGUUGCGCAUGGAGAACGAGGAGUUGAGGAAAGAACUCGAGGCUGCCAAAAAUCUGACCCAGAAGGUGGACAAUCCCUUGCGCCCAGAACUUGAGGCAGCUCAGCAAACAAUCCUAAGCCUUGAAUCUCAGCUCGAGCAAGUCCGGUCUGUGUCUUCCUCGCAGUAUGCAGAUCGCCUGCGCCAGGAAAAUGACCGCCUGCGACGACGACUGGCCGCGCUCGAGACGGGAAACGCCACUGCUAACCAGCCGGCAUCAUCGAUCACUUUACCAGACACAGAAGACCGCGCCACUUCUUCACCCCACCCCUCCAAACAGGGCGCGUCCGACCCUGCUGCCGUCGCGGCGCGUGCAAUGUCUCCAACGCAUAGCACGCCCUUGCGCAGUGUAACCUCUUCACGACCCCGGCCGUUUAUGUCGCCUGCGCUCAUGCGCAUGGAGAAGGUGCUCAAUGAUUCGAUUGAGAAAUCACUGCGCACCGAGUAUGGUAUUCGUCAGCGUCGCGCCGAGCUGAGUCAAAGCGGUGCAAGCGCGGUGGCCUCGCCCAACGUGACGCGAAAUACGGCGGAUGGGUCCAGUCCAUUUCAAACACCGGUCGGGGUUAGCGCUGGGUCACCGCACUUUUCGACUGGGGCGAACGGUGCUGCAAGUGCCACUGGCGAAGCUGCAUUGCGACAGCGUUUGCAGGAGGUCGAAGCACGCAACCGACACAUGGAGCGCGAGCUAAUGCAGAUGCGCCUCGAGCGUGCAGCUGAGCAUGCAAGUCUAUCAGUGACCGCAACAGGUUCCAAAACCGAGGGCAAGGAUGACUCGUCUAACGAGCCCCUCAAGGCUCAGUCAAGCGGUGAUGAUCGCAGCAUGGACCAGAACGAUGAUUCUGUUCUUCAGCAGGUGCGGGGGUUUCGGCGUCACUCUCCGGGCUCUGGUCGCCCGACCGAGGUGCUACCAGGUGCACCGGCCCAUCAAACGUCGACAACCGGUCCAGACAUGGAUGCGGCCGUUCAGGACACCGUCUCACACGGCACCGCUUCCAUGCCCAAUCAAAGUCAGGGGGCUUCCUUGACCAUCGAAAAGUUGGCACAGCUCGAAUCUCAGGUGGACAUGAUCUCGGAUCAGGCAUCUGACAAGCCGUCCAAUAUCAAUGGUUGGGCUUCUGAUGUCGCGCGAUCGCGGGCGGAUUCGGAUGAUGUUCGUCCCACUGGCAUGGAUGAGGAUGAGACCAACGCUGGCGAAAGCUCGCGCAGUGGCUCCAUAGACAUUCGGGCAGCUCGCGAGUCCCAUGGCUCCCUGGGAUCAGCUGGGCGCAGUCGCCUGGGCUCCAACCAUCGCUUCAGCGGUUCGCUGCUUGUGGAUCGCAAAAUUAGUCAAGACAACGCCUCCACUGAUUCAGAGGGUGCGGCUAGCUACGUCCGGGACGAUGAGGACACCGAGGACGAUAUGGAGAAACGGCAGCGCUCGUCCUUUGUUGAUCUAAACGAUCCCGAUGCCUACUUUGAGAGUGAGACUGAGGAGUCCGAGGACGAUAAAAUGCACACACGCACGCUCGAGUUGCUCGCUCAGUUUCACCAGCCGGCUUCUCUGGACGUGCUUGGCCUGGACGGUGCCAACAGUGUAACGCGUAGCGCCCUGGGUGUAGAUGACGCAAGCGUGACGAGUUUGUCUCGCACGAACAGCGACGCUAUUGAUACCCUCUCAGUUCGGUCAAGCAGUGGCCGCCCCAGCUUGCUGGUGGAUGAGGCUUCGCUUGCCUCACGUCGGAGCUCUCUUGAGAGCGUUCUUUCCUUGCAUGGUGUUGCACACUUGCACGACAUGGUUUGCAAGUGCCCCCGGCGUCCAGGGGACUGUCCGCGCCUGCAGGCGCUGCUCACACAACCCGGCGAACAGGAUCGGCUGCAUCGACAAAUCUGUCGCCUCAAACACGUUGCUACUGACUGCCCGACGAUGCAAUCCAUAUUGCAGAGCAUGGAUAUUGCCAUCGCACCAAGCCCAGCUGGGGCCACAGAGACGACGAGCAGCCCAUUGGUCAACAACGUGUCUGUGCACGGGCGUAGCCGCCCAAGUCCUUCUGUGGCUCGGCGCCAACACAGCUUGGCAGAGUCAGGCACCGGGCCGGACACGGAGCCGGGUAACCUGCUCAGAGCCGGUCAGCCUGAUGAUGAUGACGAGGACGGCAUUACUCCAACUGGCACUCCAACGGGGACGCCUACUCGAGGCAGCUUUAGUACCGGUGCCGGUGGUGCCACUCCCGUCCAUACAAAGCGCGAUGAUGUCGACUUUGAGGACGACGAGGACACGGACGAAGAAGAGGCCAAUCGCGAAGCCCUCUUGGCAUUGCAAUCUCGAUCGGGCAAGGGCCGCAGCCGUAUCCUUGGCCCGACAAAGACCAACAACUCAGCGACAGGCUCUUCUUUCGGACUGGCAGGUGAGGAGUCGGAGACAGAGUCGGAGAGCAGUCACGCAAUCGGCUUGUCGCGGCUUCGCCAGCUCAGGUCCUCUGGUAUGAACUUUUCUGAAGCAUCUUCUGUGAUGGAGCAUCAUCACGAGGAAUCGGAGGAAUCAGGCUCGGAAUCGGAUGCAGGCGACCGCCUCACUGAGCUUCAGCGCCUCAGCAAAAUUCAACUUCGACGCCAAGACUCGGCCACCACUGUCAACAGUGUGCAAACCGACGCAUCAAAAUCGACCGACCUGCCGCUGUCGCCCGAGCCACUGCGAGCCAAUCGCCCAACUUGGUGGGAGCGGGCGCUGACUAAAAGCAAGGAGCGUAACCUACAGAAAGCCCUGACUGGUGAAGGUAAUGACACCGUUGAUAACUCUGAAUCUUCGCCCCGUCUCUCUCGUUUUCGGUCAAUCCAUGAUUACAACUCCGAGUCGGAGCAGAUGAGUGAACCUGAGGAGUUGGAGGAUGAUGGCGGUGCUGAAUUGCUACGCCGGGCAGCGGCUGGGCCAAUGCGCCGUUCCAGCUCUCGCUCUUCAAAUGUGGGCACGAAGCCUGGUGCUGCAGGCGAGGGGACUGGUAAAGGCAAGCAGGGGUCUCAAGACGCAUCUGCGGGUCCGGCCACCACCACCGCUGCUGCUGCUGCUGCGACACCAGCGGUCGUCACACAAAAUGCCGGCCGACUGUUGAGUGCAGCCAAAACGUUGUUUUGGGUGCUAGCGAUUGUAUUGCUAGCCUGCCUGGUGAUUGGUGGCAUUGCAGUUGGCAGUCUGCACUUUGUUAUCCCCCACCUCUACAUUCCUUUUGUCUAA